UCCAAGACUCACAUGAGGCCAUCACCUUGCUAGGCCUGCUGUUGCUGCACCCGCGACUCAUUGACUUUGCGAAAUUCCGCCGCAUAAUUCAAACUGAACUUCCUUUUCGGCGAGCAACUUGGAUCACCUUCACAUCGGACCCCUCCCCGGCUCAUCAUCAUGACCGUCCCCUCACCGGAAGAGGGUCUGACCCCGGAGCAGCUCGCCCGCUUCCACCGCGACGGCUACCUCAUCAUCCCCGGCGCCCUGUCCCCGGAGACCGUCGCGGGCCUGCUCUCCGAGACCCACUCGCUGCUGGACAACUUCUCCCUCGCGGACCACCCCAUGACGCGCUUCUCCACCGGCGAUAAGGCCGACCACGUCGGCGACGACUACUUCCUCUCCUCAGGCGACAAGGUCCGCUUCUUUUUCGAGGAAGACGCCUUCGACGACGCCGGCAACCUCAUCAAGCCGAAAGCCCGCGCCAUCAACAAGAUCGGCCACUACCUGCACGGCCUCUCGCCGCCCUUCGCCGCCAUCUCGGACCCGAACCCGAGCAAGGUCGGCGCCGGACCCGUCAAGGGCAAGCCGUCCGCCGUGGCCCGCAGCCUGGGCUUCCGCGACCCGCGGUGCCUGCAGAGCAUGGUCAUCUGCAAGCAGCCCGAGAUCGGCGGCGCAGUGCCCCGGCACCAGGACUCGACCUUCCUGUACACGAACCCGCCGUCCGCCGUCGGCUUCUGGUACGCCCUCGAGGACGCCACGCUCGAGAACGGCUGCCUGAGCUUCCUGCCGGGCUCGCACCGCUGGGCGCCAGUGACGCACCGCCUCGUGCGCAAGGCCGGGGGCGGCGCCGGCACCGAGAUGGUGGCCAACGACGGCCCGCGGUUCCCGCCCGGCGAGGAGUACGGCGGCGCGGAGGGUGAGCAGGACGGCAAGGGCGGGGAGUACGUCCCCGGUGAGGUCAAGGCCGGCGACCUGGUGCUGAUCCACGGCAACCUGCUGCACAAGAGCGAGAAGAACCUGAGCAGCAAGGGGCGCAUCAUCUACACGUUUCACGUCAUCGAGGCGGAAGGCACGGCGUACGACGAGAGGAACUGGCUGCAGCCGCCCGAGGCCGGGUUCACCAGGUUGUAUGCUUCCUAAAUGUGUAGACUCGUGGGUAUCCAUCGAUAGAAUUCAGAUUCAGUCUUGCCCCUUCCCCCCACUUCCUUCCAACACAAACGAACAAAAAAAACAACAAGAAGAAAAUCUCCCUUUUAAAUCCUGGCAUCGUAUCGUGGCAACGGCACUGAGCGGUGACGGUGAUGGUUUUGUUUGGUACAGGUAUGAUUGAUGCAUGGCUUGAUACAGUUCGAAUCUUUGCAGGUGGUGGUUGCCUUCACCCCAACGAGCCUUUUUUU